AUUUCAAAUCAAUCGUUCACCAUCUCGCCCAUUAUGAAACCAAUAGCUCCCGCUUUCCAAUGGGCAGAUGUUAAUGAAUACUCAUCUUCAUCAAACCUCGAAAAAUACACCGUUCCUGUAAACCAUAGACCAAAUUUCCAAACCAUAUCCCAUGAUCCAAUCCCCACCAUUGACAUGAGUGAGAAAGAUAAUAGUCUUCUUGUUCAAAACAUUACAAAUGCCUGCAAAGAAUUCGGGUUCUUUCAGGUCAUUAAUCAUGGGGUUAAAAGGGAAUUAUGUGACCGAGUACUUGAUGUUAUUACAACAUUUUUCGAACUUUCCUACAAAGAAAAGACUGUUCUAGUCGCAAAAGAUCAUAUGGAAGAUGGGAAAAUUUACAAGUACUCAGUCGAUGAUACCGUAGAAGGUAAGGAGAUCCCCAUGUGGAGUGAAGCCCUAUUCCACCAUUGGCAUCCUGUGGAUCAUGGUUACACUUUAAAACUGCCCGAAAAACCAGAUCGUUAUAGGUAUAUUUCUUUCUAAUUUUCUUUA